UAAUAUUGAUUAGUACUUAAUAAAAAAAUUGAGUUUAAAAUCAAAGAUUAUACGGAGUUCCUUAUUUUCUUAUCUAUAAAAGAUGUACGUGCAAUAGCGUCUGAGCUAAGUCUAUAAUUAUUAAAAAUUUAAAGUAAAUCAGUGAUCUUUCAAGGUAGUGACCAUCGGAACAGAAUACGUUUUUGAAAAAAAACCACUUGUUACAUACUAAUUACUUUAGGAAAAAUCAUUCAAUUCCUAAUACUCAUACUCGGACUUUUAAUUUUAAAGAAUUCAAAAUCAACUCCGUCUUAAUUGUAGUAACAACAAAUAAUUAUUAACUGUAGUUACUUAAUUGUCUUGUUAUUUUUUUACUUCCAACAUUUACAUUGAGUGUUAAACCACCAUUACAUCCAUGACCCAUUUUUUAACUUAAUACAUACAUUUAUUUGUAUACACUUUCAUCUCAAUACAGAAAAGUAUUUAGUAUACAUAUUAAAAUGAGUAGAAGUGAUUCUGAGUCUACAGAUAGCGACAAUAACAAUGAAGAACCCUAUUCUUAUGAUUAUUACCUACAAAGGAUAAUGCCUAAUGCUCAAUAUGGAGAUAAUGUGGAUUUAGAUGACAAUAGUAGUUUAGACUUCGAAAUUCUUGAUGAUCAUAGUGAUAGUGAAGUGGAAUUACUUAAUUCAUCUGAUGAAUCAGAUAAUCUGUCAGAUACCUCAUCUCAUAGUUCAAGACAUUCAUCUUUAUUAGCACCAUUCAUAAGGAUUGGAGGUAUAACAAACGAACAAACCAGUGUCAGUGUUGCAAAGCCAAAUUCUUGGUGUAUUCCUAAAGAAUUAUAUAAAAGAGAGAUAGGCAAUUAUGAUAGACGUGCAAAGUGGAGUAAUAAUUUUUAUCAAUCUGAAGUUGCGGUGCAAAAACUCAAGCUGAGUAAACAAUUAAUAGGCCAUAAGGGUUGUGUAAAUUCUCUUGAUUUUAAUAAUGCUGGUGAUGUAAUAGCAAGUGGAUCAGAUGACUGUAAUAUAUGCCUUUGGAAUUGGUCUCAGGGAACUUGCAUAUCCAAAUAUAGAACUGCACAUUUUAAAAAUAUUUUUCAAACAAAAUUUCUUACAACUCAAGGAGAUGUUCAUAUUGUAUCAUCUGGACUGGAUGGAUUAAUUAUAUUGUCUACUGCAAUUAAUUCUGAUCGUUUUAGUAGUAAAAUAAUAGCACGCCAUGAUCGUCAAUGUAAUAAACUUGGAUUGCAUCCUGAAGUGCCUUAUGUAAUUCUCAGUUGUGGAGAAGAUGGCGUUGUUAAGAAUAUUGACAUUCGUGAAUCGCUUCUUUUGGAUAAUAUGAAAAUUACAAAUAUACUACAUAUGAAAGAUACUAAUGGAGCCUUCAUGAAGUUAUUCAGUAUUGACAUAAACCCUAUGAAUCCAUUUGAAUUUAUAAUUAAUGGUGAUGAUGAGUACGUCAGAAUGUUUGACAAAAGAAAACUAUCAAAUGGACCAAUAAAAAUGUUCGAAGCUAGUUAUCCACAUGAUAGACAACCUGGUGAAGAUAAUAACUGUCAUUCAAUAACUUCAAGAGAUUCUAAUUAUGAGCCAAAUGUUACAUCUGCUGUUUAUAAUUAUUGUGGAACGGAAAUUUUAGCUUCCUAUAGUGAAGAUGAUAUUUAUCUAUUUGAUGUCAAUGGUCCUCCUAGAAGCUAUAUACGCCGUUAUAACGGUCAUAUAAAUAAAUCAACUUUAAAAUGUGUCAACUUUUAUGGACCUAGAAGUGAGUAUGUAGUAUCUGGAUCAGACUGUGGAUGUUUAUUUAUAUGGGAUAAAAAAACAGAAGCUAUAGUUCAAAGAAAACAUGCAGAUGCACGAGGAGCUGUUAAUGUAUUAGAGGGUCAUCCGCACAUGCCUACCCUAGCAACCAGUGGACUCGAUAAGACUAUUAAAAUAUGGGAACCAUUAAGUAAAGGAAAGUUGCAAAAUAAAAAAAAAUUACAAAGGGCAAUAUUGAAAAAUAGAAUAGUAAACAGCGAACGUUUUAGAUUAAGACUUACAGAUUAUAGAUUGGAAAGAAUGGUGAGAUAUGAUUUCUAAACGUCUUCUACUCACCUUAAAACUCUGACUAAUAUAAUAUAUAAAUAUAUAUAUGUAUUAAUUUUUUUAAUUUUUGUAUAUUUUGAUGGUAAAUUUCAGUUCCAUAGACUCUUUGGUGAAACUGAGAAUAAUUUUCAAUUUCCCAAAUACUUUUAAAUAAUUGUACAAUAGUU